GGGACCUUCAAGUGCUCAAUCUGAAACUUUUCUUAGGACAAGUCCUUCGGAAAGCAGGAACCUCUAUAAGCCAAAAUGCAUAAAGUUUCUGUUAUUUUUGUUCUCAUAAGCUUUGCACAUUUCCUAAAUGCAGCAUGCAAAAGAAAUUCUGUCUCAAGCAAAAAAGAAGAACAGAAAGUAAGUUUUCAAUAUUCUGCCCUAGAUACUAAUUUGCUCUCCCAAACUCUUCUGAAGCUUGGUGCUGAGCUAAAGGCUCAUGUAGUCCGUACCAAGCAGGAAAUCACUCACAUCUUUCAAGAGCUGGACAAUUUUAAUCAUUCUUUGACAGAGUCACUGGAAAAGAUUGCCUUAAAUGAAAAAUAUGGGAAAGAUCUCAUGAAGAGGGUCCAUCGGCUUGAAACUGGAAAUGAGUACAGACUUUUUGCAGAACUUCAGAAGCAGCUGGCUGAAGCAACUGACCAUAGAAAUGUAUUUGACAGUAAGUUAACAUUUUUAGAAAAAAAGGUGGAGGCUAUUUUAAACUACAAAAUAAAUGGAGAAACCUCGACUAAUAUUACAGCUAUUAUGACUUAUUUAAAAAAUCAAAGCAAGAGGACUGAUGCACUUCUUUCUGAAGUUGAGCAGCAGCAGGAGCAAACUGAUUUUCAAGACACACUAAUUCAGAAGCUAUUGAAAAAGGUUGAGUCACUAAGCAAGCGAACCAAGCAUUCAAAAUUCAGCAUAGCCACAAAGAAAAUGCGAGAUUCGUCUAAGGAACAGAGCUGAACACUAACAAUUCAUAACAGUAUGUAACUUGGAAUUAAAGGCUACAGUGAUGUGUAGAUGCCUGUUGAAUGGAUGUCAACCAAUUUAUUUUAUUUUGCUCAACUAGCAGACCUGCUUUUGACCAAUCAUUUGAUUUAGUUACACAAUCAGUAUUCACAUUUUUGAAGAUAUAUAGCAAAAGUAAUAAAAUAACCUAUUACUGGGGAAAAUAUAUUUGCCAUCUUUGCAUGAAUCACAAAAUAUGCAAAUAAAUUGUAUACACUAGUGGUUCCCAAACUGGGAGCCUCCAGAUGUUGCUGAACUAUAACUCCCAUCAGCCCCAGCUAGGUGGCCAUGGGUGCUACAAAUCCUUUCACUAGGCAGACCACUUAAAAUUGAUGAGUGCAAUUCAGCCAAAGUUAAGAAUAUUUACAAAUCAUGGAUUUCCACAGGAGAAUUAAAAACAGAGAGAUUUCUGCUCAGAAAUCCUGCAAAUGAAUAGUGUCAUCUGGUUACCAUGUACAUUGUUAAACUGUUGCAAGCCACCAUGGAUUAUAAAAGGUAAAUUGGAAGGUUAGACCCCCAAAAAGUGUGUGUGUGUGUGUGUGUGUGUGUGUGUGUGUGUGUGUGUGUGUAAGCAUGUGUAUAAAGAAGUAAAACUUUAAAAUACUUGCCAACCUUUUACAACAAACUUAUUUGGAUUGAUUUUUUUUAAAAGCACACAAUAGGGCUAUAAUGUUUAGAUGGUUAUCAGUAAAUUUAAAUACUUUUGGAUCUUCAGAGAAACCUUGAUUUUAUGUUUUCCUUUUGGCUGGUUAGCCACGUUAGAUGGAUUUUACUAACAGUAUCUACAGAAUCAGGGGUUUCAGUGAGCCACAUGCAAGUUACAUGAGUUAUGUGCAAACCACUUUGCUUCCUAUCUGUUCUUGAUCUCAAUUUUAUAGACUUUUGCCUAAUCCAAACAAUCCAUCCCUCCAAAUGGUCUGUAGAAUUGAGGUUUCACUGCAAUUGAAUUUUCACUGCCUAUGAUUAAUCAGGCAGCAGAUGUUUUUAAAGUGCUUUAUUGUCAUUAAUAAAAUAACUUAUAAAACUAA